GCAUUACUCCAGCACAUCUGCCAGGCAGUAUUGUUGUCAUCAACAUGGCGGCGACGUAUUCCAAUAUCCGGCCCAACACAUAUCUGUUCUUGCGGCUGCCCAGCGAUCUCCUCAGACUCGUCGAGAUCAAAGUUAACACGAUCAUCGAGGUUGGCAAGCUUGGCUCAUUUCCUUCGAAUCUGUUACUCGGCCGCCCAUACCACCACACUUAUGAGAUUCUCGAAAAGAGAGAAGGAGAGCAGUAUUCGAGACUGCGCAUUGUGUCGCAAGCCGAACUGAAUGCCGAAGCUGGACUAGACGAAGCGACAACUGCGGAAUCGAGAGCAGAGCCGGCGGUGCCCAAUGGGACGAGCAGCCUUCCGAAUGGCUACGAAUUACUCGGCGAGGAUGGCUCAAUAUUGCUGAAGAACAACCGGCUCACCAUAGACGAUGCCACGCGACAAACGCUAUCGCAGGCCGAGAUCGAAGAGCUCAAGAAGUCAGCAGGCGCAAAGGAGGUGAUUGAAAAGAUCAUGGCAAGCCAUACGGGUCUCGAUGAGAAGACGGUGUUCUCGAAAGCGAAGUACAUGCUGCGGAAGAACAAAAAGUACUUGAAGCGCUUCACAGCACUACCGAUGGACAUUGGAAACUUGAUUGACUACAUCACGGACAAGGAGCCUCCGCGAAUCAUGGACAUGCGCGAAGAAUCGCUGGGAUUGAUCACCGCCUGGAGUCAUGCGCAUUACAGUGGCAUUGAUGGAUUGCCAGAUCAGAAAGACGACGGGACAUCGUACGGGCGCUGGUUGGUGGCAGAAGAUACCGGAGGCCUGAUUGUGGCUGCCCUGGCGGAGCGCAUGGGCAUCCUUCACGCCUCAGAGUCGAAGGACAGGCCGAAGGCCGAAAAGGCGCAAAUCGAAGCUGAUGCAACGAGUGCUGCAGGCCAGGCACUGAACGGCGAGGCUGCAGAAGCCAUCAAGUCACAGCCGGUGCACCGCGACUACCCACCUCCGGCCACCUCAAAUACCAUCACACUGGUCCAUCCCGCUGUUCAGCCAAACGUCUCGGUGCUCAAAUAUUUUGGCUACGAUACUAGCAGUACCACAGGCAACGCCGAUCAAGCCGAACAUCCUUUGCACACUCACUUUAAAUCAUUAUCGUGGCUCCAGCUACUUCAACCCCAGGAGGAUCCUCUCUACGCUGAGCCAGAGCAGGCAUCAGAAGAGGUCUUGGCGUCAUGGAAGAGUGGGAAACGAGGCACAUAUUUCAAAAAGCGCCGAAGAUGGGAACACUGCAAAUCCAUUGUCGAUGAGACCAGACUCGGCGAAUUCGACGGACUCGUCAUUGCAUCCCCUAUGGAUCCCGUCAGCAUUCUGGAGCACACCGUACCUCUGAUUCGCGGUGGUGGACAUCUGGUUAUGUACAGCCCUACGAUCGAGCCGCUCGUAAGCGUAAUGGAUCUUUACUCAAAAGAGCGAAGAGGCGCAUACAUUGCACAUCUCUCCAAGAAUGAGCUUCCAGAUGCUGACGACUUCCCUGUGGACCCGCGUUUACUUCUUGCACCAUCAAUACAAACAAGUCGCAUCAGAGAUUGGCAAGUCCUGCCGGGAAGAACGCAUCCUCUGAUGACUAGCAGAGGCGGCGCGGAAGGAUACGUGCUUACGGCGAGGAAGGUCGUGCCUCUUGCUGGGGGUGUUGAUGCCAGAGGUAAUUUUCAUGGCAAAAAGCGAAAGACAUUUCAUUCGGAUGUCGCUGCGCCUGUUGCACCUGCAAACGACGUGAGCGAUGCAUCCGCCAACGGUACAGAGGCUGUUACGAUACCUGUAUAAUAUAGCGAUGAGGACCUUUUGUCUGGUGCCAGUCUGAUUGGGUUGUCCUGGAGAGAGAGACACUCUUGUAAUACCUUACUUAGACCUCGAGAACGCGCGCGACCGCAUUUUGCAGCUUGCAUUGACUUGCACGUCAGCAAAGAGUGCUCAAUCGCCCUGGAGCGAAGUAGUCGACGAGAGCCAGAAUGAUCGGCGGAGGAAAUUCCUCCUGUUCUAGUAGAAUGACUCAAAAUAUGC